CCUAAUAUUUUUCAGAGGUAAGAUAGACGUUCUAGUGGCUAUCCUCCAUCUGAAAUCCCUUUCUUUGUAAACCUUCAUAAAUAUUUACAAUCAUUGAGAGAGAGAGAGAGAGAGAGAGAGAGAGAAUGGAGUCGGUUGAGAAUGAGCUGCAUCAACCAAUAUUAGAGUCGAAAACAGCAACAGUUGAGCCAUCAGUGAUCAGCACCGCACUAGAAGACGUUCUAUCAAACACGCAGCUUUCAUACUUCCGGCGCCACCAAUCUGCCACAUGGCUUGAGCUGAAAACCCUCUUCCGCCUCGCAGCCCCCGCCGUCGUCGUUUACUUGGUCAACAACCUCACCUCCAUGUCCACCCAAAUCCUCUGCGGCCACCUCGGCAAUCUCGAGCUCGCCGCCGCCUCUCUCGGAAACAACGGCAUCCAAAUAUUCGCCUACGGCCUCAUGCUUGGAAUGGGGAGCGCCGUGGAGACACUGUGCGGGCAGGCUUUCGGUGCGCACAAGUACGAAAUGCUUGGAGUAUAUCUCCAGCGAUCAACGAUCCUCCUGAUGUCGACAUCUGUCCUAGUUAUGUUCAUCUACAUUUUCUCCAAGCCCCUCUUGCUCCUGCUAGGCGAAUCAUCCUCCAUUGCCUCGUCAGCUGCAGUAUUCGUGUACGGACUCAUCCCACAAAUCUUUGCCUACGCUGCAAAUUUUCCAAUCCAAAAGUUCCUCCAAGCGCAGAGCAUAGUGGCGCCGAGCUCCUACAUCUCUGCCGCUACGUUUGUGGUGCACGUGUUGCUGAGCUGGCUGGUGAUUUACAAGCUGGGCUGGGGGCUGCUGGGCGCAUCCUUGACGCUCAGCUUCUCAUGGUGGGUCAUAGUGAUUGCGCAGUUUGUGUACAUCUUGACGAGUGAAAAAUGCAAGCGUACGUGGAAUGGUUUUAGCCUGCAGGCUUUCUCUGGCCUCUGGGAGUUUCUGAAAUUGUCUACUGCAUCCGCUAUAAUGCUUUGCCUCGAGACUUGGUAUUAUCAGAUACUUGUGUUGAUCGCUGGCUUGCUUCCAAAUGCUGAGAUUGAGCUGGACGCUCUCUCCAUCUGCAUGACAAUAUCUGGAUGGGUGUAUAUGGUCUCAGUGGGAUUCAAUGCGGCCGCAAGUGUGAGGGUGAGCAAUGAGUUGGGGGCAAAGCACCCGAAAUCAGCAGCAUAUUCAGUUGUGAUAGUAACUCUAAGCUCUCUCGUCAUCGCCUUGAUCUGCGCCAUCCUUGUUCUUGUGCUGAGACAUGUCAUGAGCUAUGUCUUCACCAGUGGCACUACUGUUGCUGAUGCUGUCUCUGAACUCUCUCCCUUCCUGGCCGUCUCUAUCAUACUUAACGGGAUCCAACCCGUUUUAUCCGGAGUUGCUGUUGGUUGUGGAUGGCAAGCAUUUGUGGCAUACGUUAAUGUGGGAUGUUACUACGUAAUUGGUAUCCCCGUGGGUGCAGUUCUGGGCUUCAAGUUCAACCUUGGAGCUAAGGGUAUAUGGUCUGGCAUGAUAGGGGGAACUUUUAUUCAGACUCUCAUCUUAUUAUGGGUCACAUUUCGGACAGAUUGGAAUAAAGAGGUUGAAGUUGCCCAGAAGCGUUUGGAUAAGUGGGAUGAGAGCACUAGCAUUGAGAAGGAGCCUCUUUCGAACAAUUAAUACCUCUUGAGUAAUGCACUAAAUUACAUUUUUAUUUUAUAAUUAUUUAAUAAUGUUAAUGUAGCAGUCUCAACCAAUAUUUGUAUUAAUUUUUUUUUUCUUAAAAAAAUAAUAAUUCAAAAAUUUGUUGAGAUUGCUACAAUAACAUUGUAAAAUAACUACGAGAUAAAAAUGCAAUAAAUAGCAUUUCUCAUGCCGUUUUUCCGUCAAGUAACAAGCCCACCAUCCUUAACUUCAUAAGCCUACAACGAUACUUAUGGCUGAUCAUGAGGCAUCCAUUUUGGUACCAUUUUCGAUCCAUCUGCUAUUGAAAUGUUUAGAUUGAUUGAUUUAAUAUUUCUUUGUAUCUUUUUUUUUUUGUUUUUUUUGGUGGGGGCGGCAUUUCGGCUAGACGGAAUGCUAAAAUAAUAGCAAGAUGAGUUGCAUUCGCCUAAGCAAUUUGGAUAAAAAUUUGGUCAGCUACUAUAGAGCUCACCAAAUUUUGGUCAGUACUAUACGCUCACCAGACGUUAAAAAAUGUU